UGUUGGAUUGUUUGCCCCCCAAAACCACCAUUUUCUCUUCUCUUCAUGCGAUGCCUAUGUUCCUGCUUGAUCUUAUACUUGCAGCGUCCAGUUGCCUUAGCGAGUGGGGACACUUAUCCAACGGUCGAUCAGCCAAAGUUCUGGGACGAAGUGUACGAGCGGCAGACUGAUAGGGACAUCUAUGAGUGGUAUGGUCUCGGCUAUGAACAAUUGCAAUCCUACUUUUUGGAUGCUCUCUUGCAGCCCACCUUCUCAAGCCCGCCACCAGUGACAAGGCCCAAUACUUUGGCUUGAGGAAGUAGAUCAGGGCCCCAAGUGUGUGGAGGCCUGCAGUUAGGCACGACAAGUGUACGCCUUAUGCCACCGACGGUGAGCACAAUUCUCCAUGCGCAGACCUUUAGGAGACUACUUGUUGUCGGAAGUGGAGACUCUGCAUUGAGUGCUCAGCUUGCGUCUGAGAAGGCGUUGAAGCCGGAAUGGGAGGUGAUCAGCAUCGACUUUUCUUCAGAGGUCACCGAUCGAAUGAAGAUUCGUUUCCCAGAGUUAGCUUUCUUGACAAUGGAUGCCAGGGCUCUCUCCUUCGAAGAUGCUUCUUUUGGAGCCAUUGUAGAUAAAGGGCUUUCAGAUUGCAUUGGUAGUGUCACCGAGCGGCGAAAGUAUUUUCAGGAGCUGCGGCGGGUUGCUGUUGAUGGUGGAAGGCUGCUGGUUCUUUCACAGAGACAUCUACAAACAGAGCAAGACAUUCUGGAUCAAACUGAUGAGGAUGGUAGCGACCUGGGUCCGAGCUGGCUUUGCAAACGCGAGGAAGUGUAUGGGGCCCUUUUUGUGGAGAAUGAUCCCACGCGGCCACCCUUUCCUCAACCCGGCACCGACAACACCAUCCCGUACUUCUUGUUGGUUUGCACGACAAAUGAAGACACUGCCGAGCAGAGCAUGACAUGAGAAAAA